CCGUUACAUUACAUUUUUUAGUUGGUCCGAGUUCACGGUUAGAGCUUUUUACAAUUUCAAAAUCAUGUUGAAACGUUUCUUGUCCGUUUCGUUUUUGGCGUUUUUGGCUUUGGCCGCCGACAACGACAACGCACUAUUAUUGUCUGGCGAACGGGAAGCAAAAGCUUGGAACAUGCUGGACGGAUCGAAGCGCUCUUGUAUGGGAUAUAACGGCAAACCAGGAGUGUGUAUGGGCCAAGACCAAUGUUCGGAUAUCAAAGGGAAAACUGUAGGAAGGUGUUUCCCUUUCGAUUCUUGUUGUUCGGCCCAGUUUAACUCUUGCGGCGGAUAUUCGGGUGCGAGCACUUCGUACUUUCAAAAUCCAGAGGCGUUCCAAAACACUUGUACGUAUAAAGUAAACGUCAGGAGGAACGUGUGCCAACUUAGAAUCGACUUUGAAAGAUUUUCGCUGAGUCAACCGACCAGGCCCGACAACAGCUCGGCGUAUCAAUGCGAAACCGACCAAUUUACUUUGGUCGUCAACGACAACACCAAAAUUUCCGUGCCCGUUUUGUGCGGCGAAAACACCGGUCAACAUGUUUACGUGCCGAUCGAACAAAAGUGGACGACGUCAGACCUGAACAACAAUAACAACAGAGAUAAAUCGCACGUGACUCUCAAGUUCCAGCUGACCGCCCGAGACGAGGACAGCGUCGAUCCGGAACCGUCGUGGAAACUUAAGAUAUCGCAGUUGGAAUGCCAACCGAAUUCGAUGAACUGGUGGAAGAUCAAGGAAAUAGCGCGCCAAGUCUGGGACUGGGACGACGAAGAAGACAAAGACGCGUCCAGACCCAAGUACAGUCCGGCCCCCGACGGAUGUCUGCAAUACUUCACCGACAAAACCGGUACGUUUGAAAGCUUCAACUACAACAAAGGAAUGGGACACUACAUGGGUGAUUUGAAUUAUGCGGUUUGCUUCAAACGGUAUUCGGAUACUUGCGGUAUAAGGUUCAAGCCGGUGAAAUUCCAAUUAGCCUACAACGGUAAACAGGCGAAUGCUAUGGAUCGCGACUGCGACACAAUGGUCACGGCUGAUCCAGUUACAACAGUAGCUCCUUCUACAGCUGCUCCUUCUACAGCGGCUCCGUCUACAGCUGGUCCUUCUACAGCUGCUCCUUCCGGUAGGUCAGAAAGAAGAUGGGCCAGAGCUGCGGCCGAUGCCAACGAAGACGGAGUGUCCAAAGAUUACUUGCUUAUACCGGACGGUCGAACGUCCACCGGAUUGUACGGAUCCAAGUACUGCGACAGCUUGUCGAGCAGCACCACAGUGACAGUCAAAUCGCAAGGGCCCUUGGCAGUGUCGUUUGUGAGCGAUAACAUCGUUGAUCCCGCAGUGGACGUCGAAAAAGGAUUCAAAAUCGGUUAUUCGUUGAUCAACUCGGGUUGUUGAGGUGCCACGUCCCCGGUCGACUAUUUAUUUAUUUAUUUUAAACGCACAUAAGCGGUUAUUUUUUGUACAACUAGAAUAAUGCGACCUAUUAUAUUUUACACAAAACCUUCUGUUUAUGAGCGGCAAAAUUAAAAAAAAAAAAAAAUGUUUUUUAUGAGUUUUAUUUAAAACGUUUCUCUUGUAAUACUAGAGAACAUAUUUAUUAAAUAAUAUAUUAAUUCAUUUAUAGUAUA